AAAAUGACAAAAAUAUCAAUUAAUAUUCGACAUCGAUCAUCCAUCGAUAUUGAAUCUAUUUCUAUUUGCAUCCAGAAUGUUAUCUGAUAUAUGUCAUAUCUUGCUGAUGAAACACCAGGAAGAGCGCGAAAUCCAUUAGUUAAAAAUCGCACUCCAAUUGGAGUAUUCGUUGACCAGUAUCUUGACUAGAACAUUUGGAGUAAGCAAACUGUUAUUAACACUCAUUCGAAAUAACUAGAGUUAAAUAUCAGUUAGCAAAUUUUUUUGACAUCAUGGUCCUGAUACCAAAAGAGUCUGCGAAGCUAGUCGCCAGCUUGGCGAAGGAUGUAUUCAUCGAGCAACCCGACGAUUCCAGGGCGGCGGACUGGAUAUUCGUGCUGGACACGUUGAACUUCUCAUUUUGGACCGAGACGGAUACGAAAAAGUGGAAUGUCAAUGGAGAGACCGGCUACUUUGCGUUCUGUGCCGCUGUCAGUCGAGCCAUUGACGAAGGGAAACCUAUGUGGGAUCCCAAGUAUUAUUCGCAGAUAACGCAACAAGAUGCAGACAUCAUUUUUCGAGGUGACAACGAAGUCAAAAUUCCACUUAUACAUGACAGAAUUAAGGGCCUGCAUGAGGCUGGAAAGGUUCUAUUGGACAAGUAUAAAGGCACGUUUGUGGAAUGUAUCAAGUCGUGUAAAGGUUCCGCAGAAAAGUUGCUCCAACUAAUCGUCAAGGAAUUUGAGUCAUACCGAGAUGAGGCUUAUUACGAAGGGCAUAGGAUCAGCAUUUAUAAGAGGGCUCAGAUAUUGAUCGGCGACAUCUGGGCCUGCUUCGAGGGACGCGGGCUCGGCGAAUUCCAUGAUAUCGACAGCAUCGCAAUGUUCGCCGAUUACCGAAUCCCUCAAGUGCUUGUACAUUAUGGCACUAUGCGCUACAGUGACUCGCUCAUGAGCAAGUUGAAAUCCGACGAGUCGUUGAAACAGGGCAGUAGGGAGGAGGUUGAGAUACGUGCCUGCUCAAUCGAGGCGGUCGAGCAGGUGCGCGACGAAGUGCGAAGAUUAAUUGCAGCUGAUUCGAAAUUGGGCCUGAAUCCGUUGACGGAUGUCAACGCGAUCGUGAUCGACCAUUACCUGUGGGACUAUCGGCGAGAGUAUGCGCAAGAAUUGGAGCACAUACCAUUCCACAAAACAAGAACCAUUUACUACUAGUUACUAGAGAAUUGCGCAGGAUGCAAAAACAUCCUAAAUGAAAAAAUUAUGAAGUUCCAUAUAUCAAAUUUCAAAGAAACUUAAUUACAUCUGUUCCUUCAAUAUUCAGCUAUAUUUUAUUAUAUUUUCUAUUGUAUUACGUAUAAAACAGACAGUGACAGAAAAUGGAAUAAAGUUUAUUACAUGUUA